UUUUCCGCCCGACAGGCAUGCAAGACCCCAACAGACCAGGCCAAUACCCUCCAGGCCAGUACCCUCCUCAGCCGUAUCCGCCGCAGCUAUACCCUCCACAGCAAUAUCCGCCGCAGCAGUACCCUCCUCAGCAAUAUCCGCCGCAGCAGUACCCUCCUCAGCAGUACCCGCCGCCUGUGCAAUAUGCGCCUCAGCAGCCGUAUUAUGCCCAGCCUCCGCCGAUCCAAUACGCCCAGUCGCCCGUGAUCAUGCAGCAACCUCCAACAGUCAUCAUGCAGCAGCCAGGAUACAUCCAGCAGCCGAUGUACGUGCAGCAGCCUGGCGUAAUCUACGGCGGCCCAGGGUACGUUGGCAGCGGCGUCGUGGGCGGGCCCAUGUACAUGGGGUUUAAGAACAAGGGGUUCGGCUUUGGAUUUUUCAAAUAGACAUGACACAUUAUUGGUGUGAUAAAACAAUAUGACUUCCUUUCGCCCCGUG